GACGGAUUGGAGUUUGGUGUAGGUGUGUCAAAUGUGAGAGCUUUUCUUGGCGUUUUCCUGGUCCUCGUCUCCAGUCCUUCCAUCCCUUUCCUUGCAGCUUUGACUGCUUCUCUCUUUCUCUUCUUCAUGUCCUCAAACUCCUGCAGAUCAGUCAUUUUAAAACUUAUACGAGACAGUUUCUGAGGAAGCAUGGCGCUCGGGUGCUAAGUAAUUUGUGCGUGGGAGUUAAAGAUCAGGGACCUGGAGAUGAAGCUAAUAUUACUGGACCCCGGGACAAUCUUUCGCAAGGCAAGGAGCGGAGGAGGAAGAGCCGAAGAGGUGCGAAGCAAGUGAAAGCCAAUAUUCUGUAGUGGGACAAGAUGUCAGAGAUCCUUCCUUGUCAAAUAGAAGGGCUGGACGGGUCCAUUGUUUCUGUUGAUGUCGCGAAAAGGGCAACGGGAGAGCAAUUAUUGAGAGAUGUCUUCUCUCAUAUUAGCCUGGAUGAGAAUGACUACUUUGGAUUGCAAUACUUUGACAAGAAAGAACAACUGAGAUGGCUCGAUCCUUUGAAGCCAAUCAGAAAACAAUUAAAAAAUGGUCCUUAUAACUUCCGCUUGCGUGUUCGUCUCUACCCCACAUCCCCAACAUACCUUUUUGAUGAAUCAACAAGAUAUUACAUAUCUUUACAAAUACGUGAGGACCUCCUCUCUAAGAAGCUGUUGUGUUCUGAGGAUACCAAAGCUUCUUUAUACAGUUACUUAGUUCAAGGUGAGUUUGGUGACUAUGACCCGAGUGAGCAUCAGCAUGGAUACCUUGAUGACUUUAAUAUGUUAGAAGAUGAGUCGCCUGAUUUUGUUGAUAAAGUCCACAUUCUUCAUGUCCAGAACAAGGGUAUGCUACCUUCCGAAUGUGACAAGAAGUUUCUUGAUCUCUCGUGUCGUCUUGAUCGAUACGGCAUGGACUUCCAUCAGAUUGUUGAUUUUUCAGGUGUGCGGCUAUGGGUGGGUGUGACAUGUACUGGUCUGACUGUUUAUUGUGGGCAGGAGCCAUUGCUAACUAAACUCAAUCAUUUCCCGUGGGUUAGAAUAAGUGGAGUGAACUUCAAAAACAAGCAACUCCUGUUAGAAAUGACUCCAUUACCGUCAUUCUCCCAUCAAGAGGUCAUUGGGUUUACGUGUGCUUCUCGCUCAGCUUGUAAGGAGCUUUGGAAAUCGUGCGUGUGUCACCACAGCUUCUUCAGGACAACUCGGACCGAGAGGAUGCCUCCUGCUAAGAUCGGUCUCUUUAGAAGAGGCUCUACAUUCAGAUACAGUGGUCGCACUCAAUUCAAGUUACUACAAGAUGGUACUACUGUUACCCGUAGGAGCAGUCGAAAAUUUGACAGAUUGUCUAGCCGAAAUAAGAUUGCCAGAAAAACUAUUUGAAGAUGCAAAAGACGAUUUCCUUUUUUUAAUAAUAAUGAUAAUAAUUUAUUUUCCUUUUAUUCUCCAUUUACAUGAUAUUUUAUUGUCAGUAAUUAAUUAUUAUAGUA